AAAGAAAGAAAAGAAAAGCUAAAACAUUUACUUGAUAUACAAAAAACAAAGGGUCACAAACACUGACUUUCUCCCUUUCUCUUCUCAUCUCUCUCACCAUUUCACCUUCUUUUCCUCUUUUCACAACAAUUUCUCAGAUUUUUCUCCAUUGCUCUUUUCUCUUCCAUUCAAUUGUACAGAUUCCAACCUAAAACAUAUAAAUCAAUCUCUUCAAUUAUAGUUACUUUCUGUGGUUUUUUUUUUCUUUCUGAAUUUUGACUAAAAAGUAAAAAAGAUUUUUUUUUUCUUCUGGGUCUAUUGGAUUUUGCUUUAUUUUGCAAACUAUCAAUUUAGGUUUGCUAUAGAAAACAAAACCCUUUUAUAUAAUUAUUAUUGUAAUUUUUUUAAAAAUAAUAAAAACUUGUUCUUUUUUAUUUUGGUCAAAAAAUACAUUUUCCCCCUAAUAUUCUGCAAAUUUUUGUUCAUAUUUCUGAGACAUGGGUAAACAUGGACCUUGCCAUCACUGUGGAGUUACAAGCACACCACUUUGGCGCAAUGGACCACCAGAGAAGCCAAUACUAUGCAAUGCAUGUGGUUCUCGGUGGAGGACAAAGGGAACACUUGCGAAUUAUACGCCCUUACAUGCUCGGGCUGAAACUGAUGAUUUUGAUGAUCAAAAGGCUUCCAGGGUAAAGAGCGUAUCGUUAAAUAAGAACAGAGAAGUGAAAUCGCUCAAACGGAAGCAGAACCGUGAUAAUGUAGCAUCUGGUGGGUUUGCAUAUGAUUACAACCAGGGAUUCCAAAAGGCUGUUGACGAAGAUAUAAGUAAUCGAUCAAGUUCAGGAUCAGCCUUGUCUAACUCAGAAAGCUGUGCCCAAUUUGGCGGCACAGAUGCUAGUGAUCUGACAGGACCUGCUCAGUCAGUGGUGUGGGAUACCACGGUGCCUUCAAAAAAGAGGACAUGUGUUGGUCGUUCAAAGCCUUCUUCUGUUGAGAAGCUCACAAAAGAUUUAUGCACGAUUCUUCACGAACAACAGUCUUAUUUUUCUGCAUCUUCUGAAGAAGAUCUUCUUUACGAAAGUGAAGCACCAAUGGUUUCUGUUGAGAUAGGACACGGAAGUGUUCUCAUUAGGCAUCCUAGCUAUGUAGCUCGUGAUGAAGAGUCUGAGGCUAGCUCUCUUUCAUUCGAUAAUAGACAAUAUCUGAUGAGUGAAGCAUAUUCUUAUUCUGGUGCUGUUCUUACGCAUAAUGGUUCCAGUCGCACGAACUUCUCAUCUCAGGGAGCUGGAAAGGCCAGGAACUCGGCAGUCCAUGGAAUGAAGCAGGAGCAAGUUAAAAGUGACAAGUCUCAGAUUGAAAGAGAACAAAUCCUUGAAAGUCAUGAUUCACCACUUUGCUUAAUAGAUUUAAAUGAUGUGGUAAACUAUGAAGAGUUUUCGAGGAACUUGUCAAAUGAAGAGCAACAGCAAUUGUUUAAGUUUCUUCCUGCGGUUGAUACUGCUAAACUUCCUGAUAGCCUUAACGUCAUGUUCGAUAGCUCUCAAUUCAAGGAGAACUUAACUUAUUUUCAGCAGCUUCUUGUGGAAGGUGUCUUUGAUAUCUCUUUGUCGGGGGCAAAACCUGAAGACUGCAAAACUUUGAAAAGAUAUGCACUUUCUAAUUUUACAAAGUCGAAAUGGGUGGAACACUAUCAUUUACUCAAGAGAUGUAAAAAUAGAGCUGAAAAAUCCGAUACUCCGGGAUCUGCAGCAUCAGCCAAUAUUGCAAACACAAAGAGAAAGCAUGAUAGCAGAAUUCAGAACUUUUCAGAGGUGAAGACAAUAAUGAGGAGCCCCAAAAGAAUUAUCACAAAGACUAGUUAUGAGGGAAAACUUGUCGAUGAUGGCAGUUUCUAUAAUCCAAAAAGCCUAUUUCCUUUGCCUCCUGAUGCUAGCUCACACUUGCUAGAUUCUUUUAACUUUGUCGAGGAGAGUUCUGAUCAGGAUUUGCUGCUAGACGUGCCGUCGAAUAAUUCUUUUCCACAGGCAGAACUCUUGCACCCAAAUUUAAGCUAUGGUGCUCAAGCCAGCACUAGUAGUAGCUCAGCAUACUCGCAUCUUAUGAACCAUUAAGCAACAUUACAAGGUUAUUUUGGUGGCCACACAUUUUACAAUCUUAAAUAUAUGAUGGUUGUGCUUUUCUUUACUUGCAAGCAACCUUCUUAAGCUUGGAUUGACAACAAUUUGAAGUUGGAUGGAAUAUUUUUGUAUAGGUUGAUAACAGAUUGUAAAAUAACAUGAAAUUAGAAAUGGUAUUCUCCAGAUUUUUGAGACACCAUUUUUUAUUCACCCCAACUUUGGUAUGAAACUAAACAAAUUUAAGAAGAUAACUUUAGGGAACACUGUAUGGAGGAACUAUACAUUCUUCUAAGGGUGCAAUUACUUUGAUGCAUUGUUGGAUGAAAUUA